CUCCUAAAGUGCUAAGGGGGAGCAAAGGGGCGACAGCAGCGCAGAAAUCUGUGUGAAUCAGGUAGAAGGCUUGAAAUGGCUUCUAUUCGCCGCCAAAUCAUCUACACACCAAAAGCACCUGUGAGACAUGGGAUAUACAGCCAAGCAGUGAUUGUGGACAGAACCAUGUACAUCUCCGGUCAGCUGGGGAUGGACACUGCCUCUGGGCAGCUGGUAGAUGGAGGAGUGCAGGCUCAGGCCAAACAGGCGCUCGUCAAUAUUGGGGAGAUCCUUAAAGCUGCUGGCUGUGACUACAGCAACGUGGUGAAGGCUACUGUGCUCCUCACAGAUAUAAAUGACUUCAACAGUGUAAAUGAGGUCUACAAGACAUUUUUCAGCAGUAAUUUUCCUGCUAGAGCCGCUUACCAAGUUGCUGCUCUCCCCAGAGGUGGCCUGGUGGAAAUUGAGGCGGUCGCUGUUCUCGGUCCUCUGUCUGACUCCUGACUAGCCGGCCAUGUCACUAACAAGCUGUAACCCCACAAAGUGUCAUUAUAGCUUACUGUGGAAGCCUUAUCACAUUUCCAGAUAACCCUGAAGAGCCAAACUAGAACCAUGUUGAUUUUCACUGGACUUUUUCAGUAUUUAAGAGCUGGAAACCUUAGAACAGAGCAGCAUUUAAUGGUUAACAUCUUAUAGCCAGCACAUGAAACAGAGAACUGUGAUAAAGUGACAACUGAACAAUCAGUACAAAAAAAUCUGUUGUUGUGAACUUCCUCCUGGCUUCUGGUUUGAUAACUCAUCUUCAAUUUCAUUGCAAAUAAUUUGACUCACUUUUAAAAAAAAAAAAAAGAGCAGUACCAAUAAUUAAAUAAAAAUGCUGUAAGACAUCAGUGUGUCAC